AUGAUGUAAGAGGGGAAUGAAAGAAAAAUAUCAACAAUCACAAAGAAUGACAAUGUUUUGGAUUUAGUUAAGAUCAAAGUCAGAUUGGAUGAGCAUUUUUACAUAUUCUCUCGUUUCAUGAUAAGCAGAAUGUUAACAUUAUCGAGAAUCAAGAAAUUGGAUGCAAUAUAGAUAGCUAAGGACAUAAAAAAAUAAUUGAUAGAUCGGAAUUCACUUGAAAUCAAUUCAAAUGAAUUAGAGGCUAUUAUAUUUCAGACUAUGAAUAAAUUUGGAUAUUAGAAUAACAUCCAAAAGUAUCAAAUGGUUUCCAAGUACUAAAUCAAAAAAUCGUAGUUUUUACCGACACAGAACUCCUAUGAUCAUCAUCAUUUUUGGUGCCCCAAGCAUAGGAAAAUCGCUGUUAGCAAACAAUUUAGCGGAAAGACUUAAUAUCUCUAAUGUCUUGCAAACUGACAUAGUAGAAAUGGUCAUGAGAAGUAUUAAUCCAGAAUAGUUCAAUUAUGAUGGAAAUGAGGAUUUCAUUACCAAAUUUAAGAAAGUAAAAGAAUUAACAUUAAAUAAGAGAAUUGCAGACUGAUUCGAAGAGGAGUUUCUACUGAUAUUUCCAAAUGUCUAUCUGAAGGCAAAGCAGUCAUUAUUGAAGGAAGUGCAGCAAUGCCAGAAUAUUAUUUAGAAGCUAUCGAUCAAUAAGAUCCUGAAGAUGAUCAACAAUAAUUACAAUUGAUUGCAAGUUUCACAUAAAAUGAAAUUAAACUCAAAAAACCUUAAAGAAAGGACUUGUUACUUUUUAACCAAUAGAAAAAAUUGAACACUUAAUUCAAAAUCAUCUUCCCUUAGCCUGAUUAAGAUUUAGAAGAUGAUCAACAGAUUCAAAAACAUUUGAAGUUAUGCAAAGAUUUGGAUAAAAUUGUAAAUUCAUUAUUCAUUUUAUUAGGAUCAAUCACAUUCAAUGAUUUUAGGUUUCCUACCUAUAUUAUCUAGAAAUGAUCAUCUAUACAAUAUAGAAAACAAUACGAGUAAAAAGAUACCCAAAGAUUAAAUAGAGGAAAAGCUUAAUCAAUUUUAAUCCAUUCAAAAUGAAUUAUUAAAACAAAGAAGCAAAUGCAUUCUAUUACCUAUUAAUUUACAUAAUCUAGAAGAAACCUUAGUACUAUUUAUUUAUUAUUUCAGGACACCAUGCACGACAUUAUUUUAUAAAAAAUCUUAGAUCAAUCAAUUUGA